AUGUACGCCGCCAGACCCAAGCUGUCCUUGAGCAUCUCUGCUGCGCAGAAUGUUACACGACCCUCUCUGUCGCUAAAGUCGCCGAGUGCUAUGUCUAUUCCUCGCUCUCCGCUCUCACCAGUUUCUGCGGCGAGCCCGACAGCCAAACGGUUUUCAUCCUUGCAAGUGCCUUCUUACAGCUAUACCAACUCCUGCUCGUCCAAGAGCAUUCUGAAGAAGCACUCGUCGGCGCGAGCAGGCGUCCCCGAGAAACGCAUCCAGUUCAAGGGUACACCGACAGUCCACUGCGUGACUCCUAUCGAGAACCCAGAUGAGUACUAUGGCAAGCACACCAAGAUGUCCCGCGAAGAGCGACGAUGGGCCGUACGCCAGUGA